AUGUCAUGGGGAGGCAAUGAUCAGCCAGCAGGGGCAUUAGACGCUUCAGCACAAGAUCAAGAUGAAAGGACUGUUUUUGUUGGAAAUCUUAGCUAUAAAUCAACAGAAGGUAGUCUUAUCGCUGUAUUUAGUAGUUACGGCCAACUCAGAGGAGCAAGAGUUGUCAGACAGGCUGACGGACAAUCUAAAGGUGUCGCUUUCGUUGAAUUCGAAACGAAAGAGGACGCAAAAAAGGCUGUAGCUGAAUUAAAUCGAAAACAAGUUGAUGGCCGAGAAGUAUUCCUCAAAUUAGCUGGCGAUCCGAGAACUCCUGAAGAUGAGAUCAUGAAAAUCAGAGAGCAAAAAGGAUUACCUAAAAGAAGUAAAAACGAAUAUCGUAAUGCUCGCGGAGAAAGGAAUUUUAGACUGACUAGACGUGAUAGUAGAGAUGAUUAUAGGGAUGAUUAUCGUGCUAAUUAUGAUCGCGAUAGAAGACCAAGGCGCUACGACGACCGCGAUUAUGAUGAUCGCAGAAGAUACGAUGAUAACAGAAUGUACGACGAUAGGGAUUACGAUGACAGGAGAUACGGUCCAUCGCGCAGAUAUAGCGAUAGACGCUCGCCUUCUGAUUUAGAAUUGGACUACUACGAACAAAGGAGGUAUCUGGAGCAAAGACUGGCGGAUAGGUAUUUCUACGAUCAACAAAGAUACGCUAUGGAGGUAUAUGCAAGAAGUUACUACGAUCAGCAACAGCAAUUACAACAAUAUUAUUCUGCAUUCCAACCUGAAGCUUAUCCGAACCCACCAGCACAGGAUCAGGAUAAAAAUCAGUACCAGGACGAUCAAUCGAAGGAUAAUUACGAUUCAAAGGCGGAAUCUUAUGCAUAA